UAUUUCCGGGGUGUAAACAGCUGAUACCCACCUGGUGGAAGCAGACAUCGCUUCCCUUGUGGGUUCAGAGCUGCACGAAGCACCAGGCUCAGCCGCAUGAGACCCCCAGCCUCGACCCAGCCCAUUCUCUCAAGGCCAGAGCACAGGAGCCUGCACCACCUGGCAAGUCUCCCCGCUCCCUGCAGCUGUCCUCAGCAUGGCCCAGGCUUCUGCUGAUCCAGGCAAAGAAGGCCACCUUGAACAGAGGAUCCUGAAGGUGCUGAUGGAGGCUGGCUCUCCAGUGAAGCUUUCCCAGCUGGUGAAAGAAUGCCAAGUGCCCAAGAAGGAGCUCAACCAAGUCCUCUACCGAAUGAAAACGGAGCUGAAAGUCUCCCUCACAGCCCCUGCCACCUGGCGCUUGGGUGGGGCUAGUCCUGGUGGCGAGGGUCCUGCAGAGCUGGCCAUUCCCAGUCCUGCCAAGAGGCCCCUACAAGACAUAGCUACAAUUCCAGAGAGCCCUGGGCCUCAGUUCAGCCAACGAGAGAAAGAAAUCUACAGUUUUCUCAAAGACAAUGGUCCCCAAAGGGCUCUGUACAUCGCCCAGGGGCUGAAAAUGAGGACAGCAAAAGAUGUGAACCGAGACUUGUACAGGAUGAAAAGCAGGCACCUUCUGGACUUGGAUGAGCAAUCCAAAACAUGGAGGAUUUACCGCCCAGAAGAUUCUGGAGGAACAGCAGAGUCUACCUCGAUUAUUUACCAGCACAAUCCAAUCAAUGUGAUCUGCCAGAAUGGACCGAACGGCCAGAUUUCCAUUGCACACUCGGAAGCCAUCCAGAUUGGACACGGGAACACCAUGACAAGGCAGGCAGUCUCCAGGGAGGACAGUUCCACGGGUCCCUGCCACCUCCCUCCAAUGGCACCAGGUGAUUCCUCAAUUCAGGGGACCCUGGUUGAUGCCUGGGGGGUCCAGGACAUCCACAUGGAGCGGUCCAUGCUCAGACGAGUGCAGCUGGGACACAGCAAUGAGAUGAGGCUUCACGGCGUUCCAUCCGAGGGCCCUGCCCACAGCCCCUCUGGCAGCCCCCCAGUCUCUGCCACUGCUGCCGGCCCAGAAGCUUCGUUUGAAGAAAGAAUGCCCAAUCCAGGAACUCACCCCAAGGAGGACGCUGCCCAGAGAAUCCACAUAAAAUCAUGCUUUCUCGAGGACACCACCAUCGGCAACAGCAACAAAAUGUCUAUCAUCCCAGGGGCAGCUGACCCAGGAGGAGUUGCAGGGUCUGGAGAUGGGGAGCCAGGGGAGGAUGUAGGUCCUCAUCCCGCAGACACACAAUCCAGAAGUCACUUUCCUCGAGACAUUGGUCAGCCCAUCAGUCACACGAACCUCAGCCCCGAGCUGGAAGCUAUGACUCUUGGAAACAGGCGUCACAAAGCUGCAGACGGCAGCCACUGCGUAAAUAAAGCCUCACACUUGGGGAGCUGAUGGGGAGCUGGAAUUUAGAGCACAUGGGGCUUGGACACAGGCUGGAGGUGGGUGCAGGCUAGCAAACCUAGCCUGCUGCUUGCUGCUUUCCAUAAGUAUCUUGUUUGACCUGCUUGCUUCCAGGUACAUGACCUGCAUGAGUCAGUUUAGGGGGAUGGACCUGGCAGAGGGAUGGGUUCAGGCCAGAAGCAGAUGGCAGGGAGCUGCCUUGGGGAACCCCUGGUGUGCUGAGAGGAGGUUAGUAGAUGCGAGUGGGGCUCAGACCCCUAGCCUGGCCCAGGCCACUCUCUCCACUCAUUCCUGGGCCCCGGGCACCUGCCUUGAGUUACCUUCCAUCCUGCUGUGGUUUGAAUGUUUGAGCCCCAACAAAACUCAUAUCAAAACAUAAUUCCAACCAGGUGCAGUGGCUCACACCUGUAAUCCCAGCACUUUAGGAUGCUGAGGUGGGCAGAUUACUUGAGCUCAGAUGUUCAAGACCAGCCUGGGCAACAUGAUGAAACCCCAUCUCUCCCAAAAAUGCAAAAACUUCGCUGGGCAUGGGGUUGCACAUCUGUGGUCCCAGCUGCUCCGGAGGCUGAGGAGGGAGGAUCAUUUGAGUUUGGAGCAGAGGCUGCAGAGUGAGACUCCAUCUCAAAAACAAAAACAAUAACCAACCACCACAAUCCCAGUGCAAUGGCGAGAAGCAGGGCCUUGGUAAAAACAGCUAUUGAAAGGGGAUGGAGUCGGGAGGAUGAACAGGAUUCACACUUUCACAAAAGGGCUUGAGGAAGUCUGUUAGUCCUGCUUGCCUGUCCUCCAUGUAAGGAUGCAGCAACAAAGAGCCAUCAUUAAGGCCGAGACCAAGCCCUCACCAGACGCUGACUCUGCUGGCACCUUGAUCUUGCCCUUCCUAGACCCCAAAACUGUAAGCAAUAAAUUAUUGUUGUUUGUAAAUUACUCAGUGUGUUUAUUACAGCAGCCUGAGCCAACUGAGACACUGCCCCAACUCUCUUCUCACUCAAGGUCUGACUUCCUCAAGGCCCAUCAUGGCCACCUGACCGCCUUA